AUGGAUGUGUAUGGGCCGCAAGUGCGGGGAGCAAGGGAUCGAUCAAGCGCGCUGCAGACCUGGGUGCCGCGGGGACCUGAAAACUCCGGAGCCGCAGUCUCCGCGCGGGGCGGCCUGGGAAAGUCACAGUCAGCAGCGCAGUGGCGGGAACCGCAGCCCGGCGGCCCUGGAACCUCCCAGGUGAGAGGAGCUGCGGGGCUGGGACCCAGGAGGGAGGGGACCGGGCUGUGCUCGCUCAGGCUGCUCAGAAGACACCGUCAGCUCCGGGCCGCCCGUGGCGGUGCCGGAGGCGGCGGCUCAGGUCAUCACCUGCAGCCAGGUGCUGUCAUUUCCAUCACCACAAGCUGGGUGCUUCCCUGCGCCCCAGGCGCAGCCCUUAAAAGUGUUUCUCACAAGGUCAGUGUGCUCACCUGUGAACCAGAGCACAGAGCCCUGGAUGGAGAAGAGAGAAGAGACAGUAGCAAAGGAUGCAGAGAUGUGGCUGUAGACCUCUCACAGGAGGAAUGGGAAUGUCUAGACUGUGCUCAGAGAGCUUUAUACAUGGAUGUGAUGCAGGAGAAUUACAGCAAUCUCCUUUUUGUGGAGAACUAUCGCAUAUAUGGUAAAUGUGAGAAGUUCUUGCAUCAAGGCACAAAGCAUUUUAUCCAUGAUCAUGAAAAUAUCCAAGAGAAGACUUAUAAAUGUAAUGAGAUUUUCAAAGUGACUCAUGAAUCCUGCCAUUGUACACCUUUUGACACAAGUGAUACUGCAGAAAAUUACAACAAGUACAGAUUUGGUAUCCACAGAAAUGCCUGUGUUGAAAACUUAAACCUCAACAGACACAAAAGUGGGAAGGCUGGAGAAGAACUUUGCAAAUGUACAGACCAAGUAAACUUUUUAAAUUUGAUUACCAUCAUUAGCCAAAAUAAAAAAACUCACACAGGAAAGGAAGACCACAAAAAUGUAGAGUAUGAUAAAUCUUUUCAGUCUAAUACAGAAAUCACACUGAAACAAACUGAAUGCGGGAAGAAACCACACCAAUGCUGGAAAUGUGGAAAAUUCUUCAAGACUCAUUCAAGCCUCAUUGGGCAUCAGAGAGCCCAUCGUAGAGACAAGUCCUAUAAAUGUACAAAAUGCAGUAAUUCCUUUCUCCAUUUUUCACAACUCAAAGUACAUUACAAAAUCUAUUGUAGAGAAAAUCCCUACAAAUGUACAGAAUGUGGUAAAUGCUUUUAUAACACAUCAGACUUUGAAAGACAUUUCAGCAUCCACAGUGGAAAGAAACCUUACAAAUGUAGUGAAUGUGAUAAAUCCUUUCUUAGUGCCUCAUAUCUUAGAAUACAUCAGAGAAUCCACACAGGAGAGACUUACAAAUGUAGUGAAUGUGAUAAAUCCUUUACCACAAGAGACCAUCUUCGAAAUCAUCAGAGAAUCCACACAGGAGAGAAACCUUACAAAUGUAGCACAUGUGACAAAGCCUUUACCACAAAAGACCAUCUUCAAAGUCAUCAGAGAAUCCAUACAGGUGAGAAACCUUUCAAAUGUAGUGAAUGUGGAAAAUGCUUUAUAACAAAAGACCAUCUUAGAACUCAUCAGAGAAUCCACACAGGAGAGAAACCUUAUAAAUGUAGUCAGUGUGACAAAUGCUUUACAAGUGCCUCAAAUCUUAGAACUCAUCUGAAAAGACAUACAGGUGAGAAGCCUUAUAAAUGUAGUGAAUGUGACAAAUCCUUUAAAAGUAGUUCAAAUCUUAGAACUCAUCAGAGAAUCCAUACGGGUGAGAAACCUUACAAAUGUAGUCAAUGUGACAAAUCCUUUACUGAGAAAGGGACAUUUAGAAAUCAUCAGAGAAUCCAUACAGGAGAGAAACCUUACAAAUGUAGUGAAUGUGACAAAUGCUUUACCAAGAAAGUGACCUUUAGAACUCAUCAGAGAAUACAUACAGGAGAGAAACCGUAUAAAUGUAGCAAAUGUGAAAAAUCUUUUACAGGGAGAGGCAAUCUUCGAACUCAUCAGAGAAUCCACACAGGCGAGAAACCUUACAAAUGUAGUGAAUGUGACAAAUCCUUCAACACAAAAGACAAUCUUAGAACUCAUCAAAGAAUUCACACAGGCGAGAAACCUUACAAAUGUAGUGAAUGCGACAAAUCCUUUACCUGGGAUUCAUCUCUUAGGAUACAUCAGAGACUCCAUACAGGAGAAAAAUCUUAUAAAUGUAGUGAAUGUGACAAAUCCUUUACCACAAAAGGCAAUCUUAGAACUCAUCAGAGAUUACAUACACUAGAGAAACUUUAGAAAUGUAGUAAAUGUGAAAAAUUCUUUUCUGUAGGUUCAACUCUUAGAAUAUGUUCUGGGAUAUUUGAUCACACUAUGAAACCUGAGUUUUAAUAAUAUCAACAUUGAUCAGGGAGCAGAACCCAAAAUUAAUUGACAGGAAUUAGCCCUAGAGAGUAUGAAGGGGUAUGGAAGAUUGCUAGAUUCACAGGAAGUAGUAGGAAGUGACUUGGAGUUUUGCAGUCUUCUGGUUUGAGAUGGGUUAGAAAGACAUUCUUGCUGGGUCUCUGGCAUAAAGGGAAGGUCAUUUGGUUGCUUCUUGGCCUCUCUGAUCUAGCAGGUUUUCACCCUA